AUGCAGCCAUUUUUUGCGCAAUUUAGUAUGUUCCGACAAUUUGUCUCUGAAGAUCCUAAUUUAUUCAACACCAGCUCUAGCGACUUGUAUUUAUGUUAUUUAUUAUUAGUUUCCAAUCAUUCGACAGCGAUAUAUCAAUUUAGUUUGCCAAUUAAUCGCCGCCAAUUAUUCAUAUUGAAAACUCAGGAAUAUAAAUGAUAUCCAUCAUUAGAAACGAAGGAAGGAGCGGGUAAUAUUUACAUUUGAAAUUAGACAAAAAAAGUAGAUCUAAGAAAUGUACACAAGAUUAAGAAAACAUGAAAUAUAAAACAAUGAAUUGAAUAAAAAUGAACCUCAUAUCAAAAUAACUGUUACAAAAAACCAAAAUCUCUUAAACUCGUCUUCCUAAAUUGAAUAUUUUAUUAAUUAAUUUGGGUAUUUAAGUUUUCAAAUUCAAGUUUGAUAGGUUCAAUAAAAAAUGCAGAUUCAGAGGAUGUUAUCAUUGGUAGGCAAGAGAAACUCGAAAACUAUUAAGGUUAAUUAAUUUUUCCAAAUGAUAUAAGUACAUAAAUAAAUAAUUUUUAGUUUUAAGAGAAACUGAGAGGUUGAUAUCAAGAAUUCAUUGCAAAAUUAUCUUUAGAAACUUUUUUAGAAAAGAAAAUUAAAUAUUGCCAUUGUAUUAAAAAACCAUAAGUCAAUUAAAAUUACAUUAUAAUAUCAAAUAAAGAAUUACUUAAUUUUUAGAGUAAAAUAAUUAUAUAUUUUAGGGAACCUAAGGAUUGUUAUAUAUAAGAUAUUGGUAGCGUUUUUGGAACACACAUCAAAAUUGAUAGAAACUAUGUGAAAUUGAAAAAAUAUCAAUAGUAUUCUAUAGGUAGUGAAACUACAAUUUAGAUUCUUGAAAUUCAUAAUUUAGGAUCAGAAUAUAAACAAAGGGAUAUAGAAUUUGAUAAAUUGAUAUAAAAGUUAAGAAAUAUCAAAUAUAAAUGCUCACUUUAGGGAUUAGAUCUAAAGUUAUAUGAAAGAUCAUUGCAUGUAGAUUAAAGUUUUGAUUAAAUACUAACAAAUCUAAGAUGUUAUAAUAUUCCAUUUAUAAUGAUGAAGUUUGGAGGAUCUGGAGUAACAGACAUUAAUCAAAAUAUCUUUUUCGCUAAAGACCCUAAUGCUGUUUUUUCAAUAGGAAGAGGAAAUGAUAAUAAUAUAAGAAUCAACUCAAAUACAAUAUCUAGGAAAUAAACAAGAUUUAGAUUUAAUCGAAAGUAUAAAUUUUAAAAUGAUAUAAUUACAGAGAAAACAAUUGGGAGAUUGCAGAUGGAAGUUAAGAUAAAGAUUCAGCAAAUGGAACAUGGAUGUAACUUUAAACAAUAUAAGAAAGAGAGUAAAAACUUGGAUCAUAAGCCUAUCCUUUGAAAAAUCUUUCAGAAAUAAAAAUAAGUGAUUAUACUUUGAAAGUCGAAUUCUUGAAGGGAAAGUAUUAUUAAUUUAUAAAUUUAGCGAGAAAGAAAAAGCUAGAUUUUAAGUCAUGAAAUCUUUGUUAUGA